ACGUCAACUUUAUAUUUUUUCAUGAAUUAUACGGAUGAGGAUAAGGAUAUGUUCACGAAUAAUCUAAGGAGAAACCCGUUCACGAAUUAUAUGGAAAAUGCGUUCCUCAGUUGCAUGGAAAAUACAUUCCCAUAUCGUAUAGAAAAUAUGAUCACGAAUCCUAUGGAAAAUACGUUCACGAAUCCUAUGGAAAAUACAUUUACGAAUCCUAUAGAAAAUACAUUUGUAAACCAUAUGGAAAAUACACUUACAAAUCAUACAUGUGAGACACUUACAAAUCAUACGUGGGAUGCAUUUACAAAUCAUAUAUCGGAUUCGCUUACAAAUCAUACAUGGGAUUCAUUUUCUGCUUCAUGA